UUUUAUUUUUUAUUAAGGUUAAAAUGGAUUCUGAUGAAUUCGGAGUUGUGAAGGAACUUCUUUUACAAGUGAUGGCGAGUGAUAAUGAGGUUAGAAGAGAAGCUGAAAGCAAAUUAACACAAGUGAGGCAGGCUAACUUUGACAAAUACUUCGCUUACAUGGUCACAGCCUUAGCAGAUCUUGAAUUUGAUGGGAACUGUAGAUCUAUUGCGCUUAUCCUUUUGAGAAAAGAUGCCAAUGAAAGUGAACAAGAAGGGCAAGGCAUAUGGAGCAAGAUCAGCCAAGAAACCAGAGACUAUGUUAAGCCUCUUAUUUUAGAAGUGCUUGGUAGAGAGACAAAUGAAAUGAUGCUGGGUAGGGUAGCAGAGCUUUCAGCACAAAUAGCAGUUAGCAUCAACCUCUGUGAUCAUAAUGAUAUAUGGCCAGAGUUAUUCGAACACUGUAAGCAGAUGGUUAGUGAAGGAAGUCCGAUUCAGAUGAAAACAGGACUGACUGUGUAUGGUAAAGCAGUUAUUACCAUGAGCGAACAGAUCAUUCAAGAUCAUGAGAUAUUUUACAAUAUGCUUGAAUUUGCUCUCAAGAAUGAGGAUAUUACUGUUGCUUUUGCCUCACUUCAGGUAAUCAGUCAACUCCUCUGCGUCUUAUUACCAAGAGAUGUACCAAAAUUUGUUGGCUUGCUUGAAACCAUGGUCAAAGUUCCAAUGAGAGCCUUAAAGGAAGCAGAGUAUCAGAUUUUUGAAGAAUCAAUGGAAGAGUUCACAUCAAUGGUAGAUUCCGAGCCUAAAUUCUUUAAAAAUAAUUUUUCAGAUUUGCUUCAAGUGUUCGGUUCUAUGUUUGAAGAGAGUGAGAAUUUGAAUGAGGCAUUAAAGAAGCUACCAAUUGAGAUCCUUAUUACUAUAGCUGAAAGGGAGCCAAGGCUACUUAGUAAUAACGAGAAUCAUUGAAAACAUCUGCUAGAUAUGAUCUUCAAACUCAUGAUUGGUAUUGAUGAAGAAGUAACAGAAGAGUGGCUGGAUCCUUCAGAUCCUUCUCAGGCUGAGGAAGAAAAUGAGAAUGACAUUGUAACAUUUGGAAGGAAUAUUAUUGAUAGGCUUUUCUCAAGCUUAGGUGAGGAAAUCUUACUUCCUCUUGGGUGCAACAUAAUUCAACAGGCGAUUAGCAAUGAUGGUUGGAAGUACAAAAAUGCAGGGUUAAGUGUGUUCUCACAAAUUGCUGAAUACGUUAAUGACAUCGAAGAUAUUAGCUCAAUGAUUCCUGUUGUUAUCCAACAUUGUAAACAUGAUCAUCCAAAGGUGAGGUAUGCAGCUUUGCAUUGUUUGGGACAAUUUGCCACUGAUUUAAGCCUUCCAUUCAUAGAAACAUAUCACACCACUUUGAUUCCAAUGAUAUAUGAUGUAUUGGAUGAUCGAGUCAAUAGAGUAAAGGCUCAUGCUUGUGCAGCAAUUACUAACUUCUUUGAGUGUGCCCCACAAGAGAUUGGGCUUCAGUACUGAAAUAAACUUUUCGAUAAGCUGUUUAUAUUGAUAAAGAGUAAAUCCAGCGAUGUGGCAGCAUGUGCAAUCAGCUCUAUUGCAUCAUUAUCUGAGUCCUUACAUGAAGACUUUAUUCCAUAUUUUAAGAGCUUGUGUGAUGAACUUCUUCCAGUAAUCUCUCAGCAAGUUCCAAAUGAGUUUAGGAAAUUUAAAGGUCAGGCAAUUGAAAGUUUGACUAUUGCAGCUUCGUCAAUUGGAGCCGACCAUUUCAAACCCCAUUUUGAGAAAGUUGCCAGGGCCUUAAUUUUAAUCCAGAAAGAACACCUUGAUCAAAUUGACGAUGAUCCUCAGAAAAUUUAUAUCCUUAAUGCUUGGCAAAGGUUAUGCAUGCUAAUGAGUAAAGAGUUUGCACCAGUAAUGCCUGAAUUAAUGCCAGAGAUCUUCAAAAUGUCAUGUCUACAGCCAAUGACCAGCAAGGACUCUUCAAGCAUUAGCAUAUGUGAGCAUCUUGAAGAAGUAAAGAAUUUAUCAGAUGAAAGCACCACUGAAAUUAAAACAACUCCACUAGAAGAGACAAAAGCAGGAAUUGGGAUGCUUUCUACAUUCAUUGAGGAACUGGAAGAGCUUUAUGCUCCAUAUGUAGAGAAGACAUCUGAGUUGUUCCUGUCUCUCUUAAAUUGCAAAUAUGACGAUGAAGUCAGAACAAGAAUUGCUAAUUCUUUGCCUCUGAUGAUUUCAGCUAUCAAGAGUCAUCAAAAAGGACUCGAAGGGGUUCUUCCAUAUACUGAGAAGUUUAUCCCAGUCCUCCUCGAAGUAAUUAAAGAAGAGGUUGAUACCACUCUACUUCAGACUCAGUUCAAGUCUAUAGAGAGCUGUAUUGAAGCUACUGGAGAUUUCAUGAGUGGAGAACAAGUCAAUCAAAUAGGCAAUAUAUUCUUAGAAGAAAUCGUUAAAUCAGAUAAACGGAAGGACGUCAACUUAGAGUAUGCUCGAGAAAUAGAUGAAGAAGUAGACGGACUUGAGAAUGAAAAUGAAGAUGAACUUCAAAUUGUGCUUUCUGAAGCAAUAGGGAUGCUUUUUAAAACUCACAAAGGGAAGUGCAGCAACAUUGUAGCCAACCUUUUUGAUAAUUUCUUGCCGUCCUAUCUUAAUGAUGCAGCUUCAUUUACAAAGCAGAAGCUUGGAAUAUAUAUCAUCAAUGAUGUAGUUGAGCAUGUUGGACUUGAAAUCCUUGAAGAGAAAUAUGAAGAAUGCUUCCAUGCUUUUGUCAAGUGAUCAAAGAAUGAAAAUCCAACUAUCAGGCAAGCAGGUGUUUAUGGAAUUGGGGUUACUCUAGCUCGCAGUUGAAAGGUACAGUUAUUUGGGAAGUACUCUGUUGAUGCUAUUCAGACUCUUAAGGAAGCCAUUGAAAUUGAUUGAGGGUCUCAAGAUAGUACAGAGUAUGGUUACGCUAAAGAUAAUGCUAUAUCUGCUCUUGUUAAAGUGAUGAAGCAUCAUCAUCAAUCAAUUGAUGUGGAAAGUACUUUUGAAUUCUUACUCCAGCACAUUCCACUGAAGUAUGAUCUUGUUGAAGCAAAAUUUGUGAAUGAUUUCUUAGCUGAUGUGGCUUUAAGCAAUCCUUCCCUUAUUAUAGGCAAAGAUAAUCAAAACAUCAAACAAUUUGUUGUCCUUCUUGGGCAAAUUUGUAGAGAAGAUCAAAUGGAACAUGAAACAAUGAAGAAAUUUGGAAAAAUAUUAAAAAGCCUUUCAUCAGACAGUUAUCCCAACGACCAAAUCACAGAAGCUCUCGACAAUUUGGACCAAACAUCUCAACACAGAAUCCAAUCCAUCAUAGACCUAUCAACCCCCUAAUCUACCAUAUUCAGAAUUUAUCAGAUAUUUCACCCACUCUAUACUC